CUUUCGGGAUAGCAUUUGAAAUGUAAAUAAAGAAAAUAUCUAAUAAAAAAGAAUAAAAAAAUAGAGUACUUAAACAAAUUGCUUUAGAUUCUAGAUCUUGUGGGAGGAAAGCCAGGAAUCAAAUCUGAGUCCGACAGACCUCAUCACUGUGUGACUUCCCACUGCAUUGACAUAGAAGCUGCUUCUGCUCCCGAAGCCUCCCAUGCUAGAGAGAUACCACUAUUGACGUUCAGAGUUUAAAGCUUGUUCUAGGUCAGUCAGCAAAUGUAAAGUGGGCAUUGAAGCUUAUGCAUCCCUGCUUCCAAAAGCCUUGUAUUUCCACAGCGACUCCUGAGAAGAUGCAGCAAUGCUAAGUGAGAUGUGUUCAGAUGACCGAGUGAGCAGCAAUAAUCAUAAAACGCACAUGGCUGGUCCUCCACACUGUCACCUAUGUGCUUAGUAAACACUGUUAAGAUAAGGAUGAAGGGCCCCACUCUUGCUCUGUUUCUCCUCUUAGUUCUGUUGGCUGUGGUGGAAGUAAGAAGCAGGCAGACUGUGAAGCUCUGUGGCCUGGACUACGUGAGAACAGUUAUCUACAUCUGUGCCAGCUCACGGUGGAGGAGACAUCUGGAGGGGCAUUUCCACUCUCAACAAGCUGAGACAAGAAACUACCUCCAGCUCCUAGACAGGCACGAGCCAUCCAAGAAAACUCUGGAGCACAGCCUUCCCAAGACGGAUCUCUCAGGACAGGAGCUUGUUCGAGAUCCACAGGCACCCAAGGAAGGUCUUUGGGAACUGAAGAAGCACUCAGUGGUAUCCAGACGAGAUCUGCAAGCUCUGUGCUGCAGGGAAGGCUGCUCCAUGAAGGAACUCAGCACCCUCUGUUAGGAUGCGCCCAACCCCUUGGCAGGCUUCAGCAUGCAUCUCAAUGUUCUACCAUCGAGUUCCCUGUUCAGCUUCUAUCACUACAACCACGGCUUUUGAUCCUUUCCUUAAAGGUCUAUUAUGGCUUAAAGCCACUCUUCUCCCUGUGCUGAGGUCAAUCUACUUUUCUUUCUAAAUUCUAACUACUGCUUUGAAGUUUCGAGUGCUGUGCAAAAUUGCAAUAAAAAAAAAUGCCUGAAUCCAAA